UGCUGUUCGCGCAAUACACGAAUGAGCUAAGAAAGUGUGUUAUCGUUGUGGUUGUAUUAUUUCCAAAAAAUUAAUAUUGAAUGAGAUGUGACUUACUAAGUUGUAAUAAGUGCGUAUUCACCGAUAAAGUUUAAUAAUUUGGUCCUAAUUUAGCAUGCACUGAUUGAUAUAUUUUACCCGGACCAAGUAUCCAGUUCAUACAAGACGCCAGCCUGACUGAGAAGUGAGUAGAUUGACGUCUACCCACUUUGCUACCUGCUGUAGACGCGAAAGGAGGUGUAGGCCAGCUGAACAGUACGCUCUUUUUACUUUAGAGGGCCCAGGGCAGUUAGGCUUAGCUAACUAGCCUAGGCCUAGGUCAUAAAUAAUUGGCGUUUUUUGAAGCAACAUGGUCUCAACAAGGAAUUUCAUGCUGGAUAAGUACUUUAAAGAAAUGAAUCAAGUAAAUACCCAACCGAAAGCUUCUCCAUCAGAAGUUUUAAGUCUUAGGGACCAAAUACAGAACCUGAGCUCGGAGGUGUUGUCGUUGAGACGAGCUCUUGACGGGACAAGUUGGCAGGAACAUCAUCCUCAUCAUCUGAAAUAUCAAGAGGUGGAAUAUGAAUCAGGUACAGAUACAGUGUCCGAAUUUAGUGAAUCGUCCAGUUCAUGUCCGAGUUGCCAAUUAAGUAGGAUGCAAAAGAACGAAGGGGAGAGGGAAAGACAAAGAAGAGGAAAGUAUGGGUCACAGCAACAACUCUCUCAAGUGGAUGACCUGUGUCACAUGACCGUACCGCUGACGGAAGAUGCCAUAAUGAAAAUUUUACAUCAUAGAUGGAGAAAUGGCCUAAAUAUGACUAAAAUAGGAUCCAUCACUCUCGUCGUGAACUCUUUCACUGGCCCCCAACUGAACCAAGUUCUCCAACAGAAGUAUACAUCUAACACAAGUUCAGUGAUCGGUUGUAUCGCAGUGAAGGUGUUAGAUAAAUUUAUUGACACCAACACAUCACAAAGUGUAGUUUUCUGUGGCACCGGUGGAAGUGGAAAAACUCACACAGCUCUUGCAACGUUAAGACAGCUUUUCCAUUUGGCCGGAGGAGGCAACGAAACUGAUUCGUUCAAGCAUUUAACAGCAGGGUUUACUGUCCUCCAAUCUCUGAGCAGCGCUAGAACAGAAUUCAAUGCCAACUCAAGUCGAAUGGGUCAAUACAUUGAGGUACUGUUGUCCGACUGCGCUAUCUACCGCACAAAGAUCCACUGCUAUUGGACGGAUCAGUGUCGUAUUGUUGAACCGCCAGCAACCGGGGACAAUUAUCACAUCUUUUAUCAACUCUUAGCAGGAUUAACAAAUGAAGAAAAAGUGAAAUUGCACCUCCAAGGAUACUCGCCAAUAGACCUUAAUUAUCUGAAUAAUCUACCAAGGGACGAGACCGCUGAUGUUGAAAACUUCACAAAGUGGAGAACGUCGCUGGCUGUUCUUGGGAUUCCCUUCUUUGAUGUCAUCAGGGUCCUGACAGCUGUACUUUUGCUAGGCAACAUAGAGUUUAUUGAAGAUGGUGGAUUUGAGCUGGACAUUAAGGGAAAUGCAGAAAUUAAAGCUGUUGCUGCGUUGCUUGGAGUUUCUGGCGUUGUCCUGUAUCGUGGCUUUACAACGAGAACGCACAAUCUCAAAGGACAGGUGUUUAGGUCAUUAUGUGACGCUGACACGGCGAAUGAAACGAGAAAAAGACUCUCAAAAGCCCUCUAUUGUCGCACGGUGGCAGCAAUCGUUCGUAGAAUUAAUAGCCUCAGACGUCCAAGCUCACACUCCGGAGCAUCAGUUAGCAGUGAUGAGAUUCAGAGUUCAGACUCUGUUAUCAAACCACUGCAGCAGUCUUCCCCAGUGACUUCAAAAAGUUCUGCGACUCACUCCACCAGCUCACAUAGUUUCCCAGGCGAGGGUUUCAUUGGAUUAGUCGACAUGCCUAGCUUCCAAAAUCUCAAUUGUAAUAAAUUGGACCAACUGUGUAUGAACUUAUGUGCUGAAACUCUACAACAAUUUUACAUUCAUAAUGUCUUUACUAGCAGUAUAGAAAUUGCAAGGGCCGAAGAUAUAGAGAAUAUUAUGGAGAUGGAGUACAUUGACAACAAACCAUGUUUAGAUUUGUUGACCUGUCCAACAAAUGGAAUUCUUACAAUUCUGGACAAAGAGACUUUUUAUCCAAAAUGUAGCUGUGAAAACUUUAUUGAAUCCCUUGAAAAUUUACAUCAGGACCACAAUAGAUAUUUUUCUCCUGCUGUGGAUCGUGACCAAUCAUUUGGUGUGAAGCAUUUUGCGGGAAACGUGGUUUACGAUGCCAACGCCCUUUUGGAAGGCAAUCGAGAUGUGCUGAGCGACGACAUUGUUAGUGUGUUUCAUAAAAAGGCGUGUAACUUUGGUUUCGCAACUCAUCUCUUCUGUCAUGAGUUGCAAGCUUUAGAAGGUGGCAGUCCAAGUGGUACAAUAUUUAAAGUUUUCUCAAGUUUUCAUUCAGACAACUCAAGAAAGAGUUACGAAGGUGUGAAAAGCACACAUAUGCAAGAUUUCCAAGUUCGACUCGAAAGUUUACUGAAAACUUUGCGACAGUCAACUCCACACUUUAUUAGAUGUAUUAGGCCAAAUAACUCUGAAGAUCAUGUGACAUUUGACCAAGAAGUGGUGAAGGAACAACUGAGGGUGCUGCAAGUUCUAGAAACAACUCAUCUCUAUGCAGGAGGCUAUCCAAAUAGGAUGACUUUUGGGGAAUUUAACAAGAAAUAUGGAUUCUUUGCCCCAAAACGAAUGCUUCACAAAACCGAAGACAAGGUUGUCCAAGAUUGCAAGACCAUUCUGGACUGCUUAUUGCGAGCAAUGGACAAGAAUUCACUUCCAUACUGUAGUGCAAGUUGGGCAUUGGGAACAAAGCACAUAUUUCUUAGCGAAGAGGCUGUUCAAUAUCUAGAGCUGUGUCUUGUAGAGAGGCGGCAGCAGGCGUUAACGCUGAUUCAGUCACGAGUUAGAGGAUGGAGAUGUCGGAAAAGAUGGCCGUUGCUAAAAAGACAGCUGAAGCUCCAUCACAUCACUAUGAAGAUAAAGCGCGAAACACCUCCAUGUCGACCAAAAUUAUUUGAUGUCAUUGAACCACCCCCACCACCCCCUGGCCGACCCCCUCCUGAGUCGAAUGAAUACCAGAAACUGAAGAUUAUUCAACAGACUUGUCAGAUAUAUGGACUCAAUAUGGAUAAACCACCUCCAAUUCCAAGGAGUAGACCUUACACUGUAGCCGGUGGAGUCAAAGUUUUCUUCCCCCAGAGGCGUAUCAUGAAAUGCAACUACCCAGAUGGUAAAAAUUCAAAAACAUUUUUAAAAAGCGGGGAUGUUGUAUUGGUGACUGGCGUUUCACAACGGCAAGGUCACCUGAUUGUCCAACAUAGAGGCUGUGCCAUAGAGGUCCCACUCUGCCUUACGGAGGUCUAUAGAAAUGUGUCCGCAGUCGGAACAAAGAUUUGAUAUGAUGCAGGCAUCGAAUCAUAAUAUUGGCCGGGUUACCGCGCUUUGUGCAAUUUUUGAUUUUAAAAAAUAUCCAAUAUGCGAACACAUAAUAAUGCAAUAAAGACUCUUUUAAGAUAAAUGUUUGUAAUAAAAAUGGUAAUGAUAACUUUCAUGAAUAAUAUAGAUGUAUAGAUUAUUUUGAAUGUGAUAAAACCUAUAAAAGUUAUUCCAAUAUCAUGUAUAUAAUAACAAUAGCAAUAAGCUAUGCUCAUAAUCUGUAUAACAACAUAUAUAGAUUAUAAUAAUCAGACCAAAAGUUUUAGUUUUUAUAUUUAGAUGUAAAAUAUAUAAAGAAAGCAGCAACUUCUGUUUGUUCAAGUGCAUUUUUUAUUUUUUAUAUAUUUAUUAUUAUUAUUAUUAUUAUUAUUAUUAUUAUUAAUAUUAUUUUUAUUAAUAUUGUUAUUAUUAAUAUAAUUAUUAAUAUUAUUAUAAUUAUGGUUGUUAUUAUUAUCCAUUGUUAAUUUUGUUAUUGUUUUUGUUGUCGUCACCACAGCCUCCAUUGUUUUUCCCACCAGCAUAAUUAUUAGUGGUAUUUCUUGCCAAUGACAAAGGAAUCUAUGUAAAUUUUAUCCAUAGUCAAGCAGAUAUUAAAGGUGCAGAUACACAGUUUGUUAUUACUAGAUAUAGGAACAUUGUACAUGAAAAAAUGAUUUCAAAAUAAUUAUUUGAGAAUCAUAAAAUUGAUUCUGAUUAUGAUGAUGAUAGUGAUUAUUUUGAUGAGGAUAGUAAGGAUGAUGAUAAAAAUGAUGACAGUUAAACAGUGAUGAUUACAUUAAUGAUUAAUGUAUGUUGAUGAUGAUGAUAUGGAUGACAUUAAUGUUAUGAUAAAAAUACAUGGUAAAAAUAUUGAUUAGAAUGAUGAAUGACAACUAUGAUGUUGAUAAAGAUGGUGAUACAGUUAUGAUUAUGUUAAUGAUAAACAUAAUUAUAGCAUUGGUAAGGAUGAUGAUAUUAAUAAUAAAGUUGAUGAUGUGAAUGAUGUUGUUUGCUGCUGAUUGUGAUAAUUACCCAGGAUAAAAAUAAAUAAAUAAAAAUAAAUAAUUAAAAGAUGAUGAUUGUUAAAGAUAAAAAUAAUAUAUUAUGGCUUAUGCAGACUAAAAUGUGGUGAAGUGGACACACAAAAAUAGCGAUGAAAUGUUCCAUUGAACCUGUCAUUGAACCAGUUCCAUUGAACCUGUCAGAAUACAACACAUGCCUUUUUGUAUUUUAAAUAUGUAUGGUUCUCUCAUCAUCCUACCUCCUAGUUAUUUUUAUGAAUAUUUGUGGUCAAAUUUGUUUGUAAUUUUCAUUUUUCUUAGAAAUCAAUAAUAUGAAGUCCAUUCAGUUAAAACUAAGAUUAGUCUUUGUAGUUCAUGGAAAAGCAAUUUACUGCACAUGUAAAACAUCACUUGUAUAUUGCUUUAAGUAAGGCCAUGCCCAGACCAUCAAAUCUCAUCUGAGCUUAAGAAUUACGUUUACAUGUUUACACUUAAAUCAAAUUGCAUAAGUAAUCUGCCCUUUAUUAAACAGACUUUAUUAACCACAUGAGAUUUAUGAACUGCAUAUUGGAUGAAUUCAUGGUAAAGAAUCUAUUAUUGUUAUUUCUCAAUAAUAACCGGGGGUCACGGAAGUGUCCUGGAAAUCGCAAAGGUCAACCACACUUUCACAAGCAAGCAGGAAUCUCGAGAAUUAACUCUUAUUCCUUAAAUUUACGAUAUUUGCAUGUUUUUACUUAGACUUCCCCUGAGUCUCUAAUUUAUUGAUUUUCUUAGUGUUAAAAACUUUUGGAGAAUGCUACCAGCAUCUGUUUAUAUUGAGAAACAUUUUGAAAAGUAUAGUAUGGAACGCCAUUGGUGCAAAGAAAUAAUAUGGAACGCCAUUGGUGCAAAAAUAUUAAUAGUUUUCACUGAUUAAAAUUAGGGACAGGAAUCCAGUCUAGUUGUUAUUAUACUAUAUUAUCAAUUGCCUUCGAGAAGUCAGUGUCAGUGGGUAUCAAAUGUAGUGUCAGUGGGUAUCGUGCUGAGAAAGCUCAUUUUAAAAGACCUUCUAUAGAGUACUACGUAAGUGUCCCCCUUUGUUGCCAACCAGACAUUGGUCAAGCUGUCAUUAUGCCUGAAUAACUUCAUAAUCCCAAUGAUUAAGAAUAGGCAUUUUAAAACUGAAUAAUUUACCAUCAAAAUGUACUAAAAGCACAAAAGCUCACCAUAUAUUAUUUAUUGACCUUAUAUGUAAAAUCAUCUGUUAAGAUUUACAAAGAAAAAUUAAGAUAAAACAUCAUAAAAUAAUUACGUUGGGAUCAAUAUUUGUCAGUGGAGACAAUGGAUCCGGUUGAGCGCAUUUUUUGUCGCUGAUAGCAACGGAAUAGUAUCACAUGGUAUCGUGAUUUAACAACGUAGUACUCUAUAGGUGGCUUCUUCCAAUUUGGCAAACCUGAAGAACUCCAUGGUUAUAUUCAAUUGUUAUUAUUUGUAUUUAUGCUAUGUUUUGUAUGAUUUGAAUUAGUUUGACUUUUGUACGAAAUAUAUAUAUGAAAAGCAAUAUAAAUAAAAUAUCUUUAGUAAUGCAUA